AGAUCAUUUCUGUGUUGCAGACAUUGGAGAAGAAGCUGGGAGAUCUGUAGGAGUCCAGCAGCCAGCUUUACUGAGAGACAGGAGCCUUGGUUCUGCCAUGAAAGACUGCCCAUAUUGUGGAAAAACAUUCAGAACAUCACAUCACUUAAAGGUCCACUUGAGAAUACAUACAGGUGAGAAGCCUUACAAGUGUCCGCAUUGUGAUUACGCUGGUACUCAGUCGGCGUCCCUCAAGUACCACUUGGAGAGGCACCAUCGGGAGAGACAAAAUGGAGCGGGGCCACUCUCUGGACAGGCUGCAAGCCAAGAACACAAAGAAGAGACAUCAAGUAAAAGUUCUGUGUUUAUUAGACCAGAUAUACUGAGAGGAGCCUUCAAGGGGCUUCCUGGUAUUGAUUUCCGAAGUGGCAUGGUCUCACAACAGUGGGCAUCAGGAAUGCUGUCUUCUGGAGAUCAGCAAGGACAAGCAGCUGGCAUGUCAUCUGAAGUAUCUUCAGAAAAUAUGAAGGGUUCUGACAUAUCUUCCAAAGGAACACACUUCUCUGAACUUGGCCGUGCUUACCAGAAUAUGGUUGGGAACGGCGUGAACUUUCAAGGGUCUUUGCAAGCUUUCAUGGACAGCUUUGUCCUAAGUUCUUUGAAGAAAGAAAAAGAAAUGAAGGAUAAAGCUCUAUCAGAUCCACUUUCAGCAAAAGCUCUGGGCUCAGAUGGAGGUGAGGAAAAGAUCAGUAGCAAGUCCUCCCAGAGAAAAACCGAGAAGUCGCAAUAUGAACCUCUUGACUUAUCCGUAAGGCCAGAUGCAGCCUCCCUCCCAGGUUCAUCUGUCACUGUGCAAGACAAUAUUGCUUGGCAUGGCUGCUUAUUUUGCUCCUUUACCACUUCGUCUAUGGAACUAAUGGCUCUACACCUCCAGGCCAAUCACUUGGGCAAGGCUAAACGUAAGGACAGCAUCAUAGGGAACAACAAAGAGCAAUCUAGAGAAGCUUCAGCCUCAGUUAACAAAGUGAGCUUGCUCUCUGCUUCUGUGCAGUCCAGCAAAGAGGCUGUAGUUUCAAACAUGCUUAGCCAGCUGGACUCAGCUUCUGAGAAAAUGACCCAAGGACAAAAUAAAGAGACCCUGGGAGAGCAAAAGAGUGCUGCCUGGCCCAGCCACAUGGAAUCCACUUUUUGUAAUUUUACAACAGACUUCUAUAAGCAGUUUGGUGUUUAUCCUGGUGUUAUUGGCACAGGAACACAAAAUUCUUGCACCAGUAAUGAAUCUGAAAUAAAACCACAGUCUGAAGACGACCCAAAUAUUCUGCUCUCUGACUCUGUAAAUAAAAGUGCUACUGAUGACCUUUCUGACAUAGCUUCAUCUGAGGAUAUGGAAUCUUCCAAGGAGGAAAACAUUGAAGAUGAGGAUAUUGAAACAGAACCAGAUAUUAUGAAUAAGCAGUUGUCUGCCCUAAACAAGGAAAGCAGUGAAGGAGGCGACAACAUACAAAGUGCAGUCACCUCACAACCAGCACAAGGGCUCGUAUCGCCACUGCCACAAGCAUCAGAAAAGCAGUGGCACAGUCAGAAUCUUCUAUCCUCCCAUGAAACUGCACAAGGAGUGAUGAAACCCGAACAAGUUCAGGGUCCGCAGGUCCUGGAGAAGCAGAUGAACAUGUUGUCAGUCCUAAGAGCUUACAGCUCUGAUGGCUUAGCAGCCUUUAAUGGACUUGCAAGUAGCACAGCAACUAGUGGAUGUAUCAAGAGACCUGACUUGUGUGGUAAGUUUUAGACCUUCUUUUAGACCAUUUCAGAAAACACUUGUGCAGAAUCAUGAAGCUGCUCUUUAAAUAUACUUAGUCAUGUUUGUUAGUAAUACGUUUUUUUUAAAUGUUAAACCCUGUGGGCCAAAUUCUAGUCUUAUAUGUGGUCUACUCCAUUGAAAUCAGCAGUGCUGCAUGCAUAUACUUACACAGAAUUUUAGAAAGAACUUGCUCUUAAACCAUAGUAGCAGCAAUAUAGACUAUCUGUGCUAGUGGCAUCUGAAGGGGAUAUUUACUGCUUUAGCAUACUCAAAGGAGGAAAAAGUUUUUAAAAAAUCACAUGGUAACUUGCAAACUUUUCAGUAUUCUGAUAGAAGUAAGAACCCAAGACAAACACUGGAUGCUUUGCCAGGCAAGCCUUGCGCCUUCUCUGUCUGUCUCUGUCUCUCUCGCUGUGCUUCUACUCCGAGUGCAUUCAGUUUCUACAGUAUCCAUUAAAUCAAAGGCCAGGUGGAUGGGAUGCAUCUACCUUUAAUGAAGAGGUAUUCUUUUCCUUUAUCUCCCCCUCCCCUCCCUUAUUUUUUAAUAAUUCUGUUUUUCUGAUUUGUUUCGAUGGCAACUAUACAAUAGUAGCCUUUGACAAUUUUCACUGUCCUAACAGAGGUUGUACAAGUUGUGGUUUGCCUAAUUAAGACUAUGCCUCUGAGUAAUUAAAACAGCAGUGCACCAAACAAAGUCCCCCAGUUUUUUACCCUUGUAGUCUCAGAUAUAGAAAACUGACAAAAAGGAAAGCUAAAUCUGUUUGGAACAAAUGAGACUGAGGACUUUUCAAUUUAGCUCCUGUUUUGUAAGCAUAGUGCUCGCUUGAAAGAGAUUUUAGAAUGUAAAUCCGUUGAAAAACAGUAUCACUUUAAAAAGCAGAGUCAGCAAAGGACACAAAAACUUCAGUAAUGCUCUUGUUUCAUUUAACCUUCAAACGAAUCAGAAAACUCAUUGUCAGAGCUGAACGUGCGUAAGAAAAUGUAUUCAAGUUACAAAAAAAAAAAAAAA